AUGGAAGAAUUGGAAAGCGUUGUGCACAAUCAUGGGGGGGAAGAUGCCGAGGAGCCGAUCAAGCCUCACGUGGAAGAGGCGAAACAGAUCAUUACUCUCACGUCCCCUGCCUGUCGAAUGUUUGAAGCGAGCAAAGAGAACCCUCCUGCUAAAACUAAGAUCAUUCUAGGGUCAUUCGAAGAAGCCAUAUCCACCGAAUGCCUACGCCACAAGCCUUUGAUGGAGUGGUUUGUGAACUUGUGCGGGCAGAAGUCCCAAGGGUUGGAGUUUACAGAUGGAGGGGAUAUGGGGUUUGUGUACGAAAACGGCAACGUUGAAAUCUAUCAGUCCAUGGCCCGGCUCGGCUAUAUUUUUGACCUUGCGCUCGUCAGCAAGUCGCCGUCAUAUCCAGAUCCUUUCCGCAAAGCGCGUAUCGUCGACCCAAUGUAUAUCGAUCUGGACGUUGUCAAACACUGGAAGAACGAGUGCCUGACGUCUCAUGGCGCUACAUGCCAAAACUCAAUGAAAAUAUGGCACACCCGUCCGGCCUGGCUUGUGGACGUGAAGCAAAUGUGUGUUGUCCCCGGCGAUGACCCUGCCAUCGGCUCAUCGUUUAUCGCUUUAAGCUACCGUCAGGGGUCACAGCCCGGCGUCAGUGUCACUCCUGAGCUCAUGUUGGACCUACAGCGGCCCGGAGUACUUGAUGAAGACGAGGCUGGCAGCCGGGUAUCCCAACUGAUGACCCCUGUAAUCCGACACGCCAUUUACCUCACCUCGACCCUUGAUGAGCGAUAUGUCUGGGUUGACGCACUCUGCAUAGUCCACGGUGAUGGAACAACAACUCAUCAGUUAGGUCUCAUGGGAGCCAUCUAUGCUAGCGCAACGGUGGUGAUUAUUGCCGCGGACGGGGACGCGCAGGAGGGUAUUUCUGGCCUCCGAGGGGUAUCUCAAUCAUGCCCCCGAGAGUUUGACCAACACUCAUUUCCAUUUGGGGAUGAGGAAACCAUUGUUGCGAGAGUUGCCCAGGAACCUGAAUGGUUCGACGGUGAAUACUUCCAUCGCGGCUGGACAUUUCAAGAGUACAAGAUGGCCAGCCGCAAAAUCUUCUUUUCCGGUGGUCUGGUACACUGGGAGUGUCAGUGCAGCCAAUGGAACGAAGAUCUGGCUUACCUAGAGCAGCUCCAUGCAUACAUCAACCCAUGGCUUCGUGACAUUCUGGCUGGGUUCCCUGAUCUCGACUUGCUGGGCAAAAUCAUCCAGAAAUUCAACGUAUUGGAGUUACGCUACGAAGAGGAUGCGCUGCCUGGGAUUACAGGCCUUCUGUCGGUCCUCAGCCGUUCAUUCACCGGUGGCUUCUUAUAUGGAAUCCCGGAAACUUUCUUCGACCGGGCCAUUGGAUGGAUGGUACCAUCCUGGGAAUCUGAGGCGAGACGACGUGUGUCCUCAGAUCGCCCUGAUCACCUGAAAUUCGCACCUGGUUUGCCGUCCUGGUCUUGGGUCGGAUGGCAAGGCAACAUCGAUAUCGGAGAAGAGGCGCACCGGAUCAGUCACGGGAAUCACCUGAUCACCGAGACAAUCCCGAUCGCACAGUGGUACACUGGUGAGUCCCCAACGACUCCUCCACGGGCACGUCGGCGGAUACGGUCGAGUUGGUAUAGUCAAAGAGACACCUGGAAGAAACGCGCUGCGAAUCUCGCCCUACCAUUGCCGGACGGAUGGACCCGCCACGAAGUCAAAGCUGGGGACAAACUGGACGUUGACAAAUGGGAAUUCGACGAACCACUCCUGUGGCCAGAAGGAUGUGGAGGAUAUGUAUAUAAGCACGAAAACUUGCGCGGGGCCCAGUGGGACCCUUCAAAUACCUUCUGGGACCCUACAGAUGCCUUCUUCUAUCCCUUUCCUGUGCCGAAGAUCACGGAGUCGACCCCACCUGAAAUGCCCAAGCAGACGGCAUAUCUGUUCUGCACAACCCAACGAGUCCGUCUUUGGACUCGUGGGCAGAGAAUUAGUCCCAAAUAUCAUUGGGAAAACAUAAAUUGCAUACACCUACAUGAUGAGGCGGGCGGUAGAGUGGGCACCCUUCAACUACACAAUCAAGAUCAGUUGAAAUGGCUGGAAGCUGAAUCGGUGGGCACUGAAAGAGGUGUGCAACUCGAGCUUGUGGCGAUCAACCGUGUGCUGACUUGGGCAAAGACCUUCGGCGAACAACUGGGGACGUAUGACCCCCCUCGCUGGUCUAAAGAUGAACGUACGGUCUUGUGGAUAGAGUGGGAAAAGGGGGUCGCGUAUCGCCAAGCAGCGGGCCAUAUUGAAAAGUCGUAUUGGGAAAAUCUUCCUGUUGAAGAUGUUGAAUUGGUCUUGGGAUAA